AUGACCCAGGAGCCUCUCGCCAAUGUGGUCGCUGAGGAAGCUGCUUUCCUGAACUCCCUACCUGGCCGAUCCACUUCUCCUGGCCACAUCAGUUCUGACAAGGAGAAUAAACCACAGGAACUUGACAUUAAGGCAUCUGAGAGGGCAAGCCAGAAACCAGUUCAAGGGGAAGAGCCUAAAACAUCAACCCCCGAGAGCAGUGAGGGGGAAGAGAUGGGGCGCAUGAGGGGCAGGGAACGAGGGCCAGGGCUGGACAGAAGCAGGGUACCAGAUUCACGGGGGCCAGGACUGGGCAGGGGAUUACUGUCCAUUAGCACAUCUCGUCCAGGUCCUGGGGGAGACAAGGGCUUACCACCUCUUUGUGGGGACGAUCACCUAAGCACCACCAUGCAGCCUCUGAUCCAGGUGAGGGACAGCCUUAAGAUCACGCUGUCAGGUGACCAGAAGGGGCGACGCCGUGUGGAGGCCACAGAGGACCAGGUGGACGUACCUGAGUCCCCCGAUGACGCCACUGACAGAGACACUGAGUAUGACCCCUUGGAUUACCCAGAGAGGUACGCAGAAGGCCCCUCACAUUACAGCACACCUAGGCACUACAGCCCGUAUUACCAACCUCGUCAGCCAUACCCAGGUUACAGACCCCAACACCGUCCACCCAGGCACUUUUUCCACAGGCCACCACACUUCCAGAUCUAUGGUAGGCCCCAUUUUCCCUAUGGUGGCCCCCGCUAUGGAGGUCCUCACUACCCGUACCAAGAACCCAGACCCUGCAGAUCACAGUGGUCACCACGAUUCCACCACGGCCAUCACGACUUCCCAAGACCAGCAGGAACAAGAAUGUCUAGCAGGGAAAUCCCCCUGAAAUCCCCUCGUUCUUCCAGUGGAUCAGAGCUCAAUGACAGUGUUGCCAUGACAUCUGAUGCUAGCAGUGUGACAAGUGAAAAGUCCAAGCUGCCUUGUACGUACUGUGGAAAGUUAGGUGGCUCCAAGUGCAAGAAUUGUAAGAGUCCAUACUGCAGUCGUCCAUGUCAAGAGAAAGACUGGCCGUCUCACAAGUCACAGUGUAAUAAGAUUCGUGAAAACAAGGAAGAUGAGGAGGAAUUUGCUAAAAGAUUUGAGUUUUCCAUUGAUGAUAAUCUGGUCAUUGCAUGUCAAAAUGCUCUAGACUUGGACGAGAAUGUAUCUUCUCCAGAAGUACAAGAAGGGUCUCAAGCAAAAGUACAAACAGUGACCAAGGUACCAUCUUGUCAGCUUACUUUGAACCAGACCGUUAAGGGUGUGAUCUGCUGGGUGGACAGUCCCUGUAGUUUGUGGAUGCAUCAGGCUAAUGAAGAGAUCAUUCAUGGCUUUUGGGACCUCAUUGCUAAACUAAAGGAGUUGUAUUCUAAGGGUGGGAAACCAGUUUAUAAACAGCUGAGGAAGGGAGAUUAUGUGGCAGCUCUGUCUAAAGAGUAUGACACCUGGAAUCGUGCCCAGGUCUUGUCAACUGAAGGAAUGGAGAAAAUCACAGUGCACUUCAUUGACUAUGGAAACAGUGAUACAGUCUCCAAGGAUUGCCUGAAAGAGAUUGACCCAUCCUUUCUCCAGCUUCCAGCCCAGGCAAUCCACUGUGCCCUGGCGGGAUUUGAGGACACAGUGACGUGGCCUAUGGAGAGUGUGAAUGUCACCCAAGAUGUUCUCAGCAGUGCCGAUGUGUUUGACAUAGAACCGUUGGAGUGUAAGCAGGGCGUGUAUGUCAUCUCCCUGAAGAAACAUUCUGAUGGUGUGUCAGUUAAUGCCCUCCUGAAGAAAGCUCUCUCUGCCCAGGUGUCCUCCUCCAGAUUAGAAACUGUUAGCACAGCACCACUAGUCCCCAUCCCUUUGGCUGACCAGCUUCCUCUGGCCAGCGACACAGUCAGGCUUGGUGACCAUAUCUGGGUGAACAUCGUCCUUGUCACCAGUCCAAAGUCAUUCAAGGUUCAGCUGUGUGACAAGCAGAGAAUUGCUACCUUUCAGAAAUUCUGUGAAGACCUGAACCAGUUCUAUUGCUCUGCAGCUGCUAUGCCCCACCCGUGCUCUGUGGGAGAAAUGGUCGUUGCCAAGUUCUCUGAAGAUGGCACAUGGUACAGGGCUAAAGUUCUGGAGAUCUGUCAAGAGUCUGUCAGAGUGAUGUAUUUAGACUUUGGCAAUGAGGAGAAGGUCUUGAUGAAAGACAUCAGAAAGGCUGGGGAGAAGUGCCAGAGUUUCCCUGCUCAGGUAGUGGAGAGCGCUUUGGUAGGGGUGGAGCCAGUAAGAAAAGGACAAUGGGCAGAAGGGGCCAUUGAUUUACUGCGAGAACUGAAACCCCUCCAAGCAGUGGUCAAGUCUAAAGUUGCUAAAAAGCUGAUCCUUGAUAUCUAUGAUGAGAAAUCUGGAUCGUUGUCGGCAUACCUUGUCUCUGAAGGGUUUGCUCAGUUUGGUACUAACACAGUAGCAUCUUCCCUUGUGCAGCCAGCAGCGAAUGAUUUCACACCUGACCAGGUAGUAGCCUCGGAACAGCAGGCUGCCAUGGUGCAAAACACACAGCCAUCCAUCGCACUGUGGUCACCCAAGGGACAAUCUUCUUCACCACUACAGAAGUUUGCUCAUUCCUCAAACACAGAAUUGCCACAUGCCAGACUUCAGCCCGGAAAAACAACUCAGGCACUUUGUCAAGUCGUUGAGGAAGAUGGAAGUUUUUUUAUUCAAAAUUUAGCAAAGGAGAAUCUGGACAACCUAACCUUGAUGACCCAGAUACAUGAGUUGUACGAAAAACGUCCGGCUGCUCCCUGUACACCAGUACCAGGUGAUUGCGUUUGUGCCAAGUUUGCAGGAGCCUGGUGUCGUGCUGUUGUCAAAGACGUUCUUCCUGAUGGUCAAGUCAGACUGUACUUUGUGGACUACGGAAACAUAAGCUGUUUGCCAGCAAACUGUGUUCAGAGUCUGGAUGACAGCUUCAGCAAAAUCCCUGCACAGGCUAUCAAGUGUGUCUUACAAGAGGGCCGCAGUAUUAACUGGUCAGAGAAAGCCAAGUCUCUGUUGAACGCUUAUAUUUUGGAACAGACAUUAUCAGUUACUUUAAUGGAGGAAGUGGGAGGUGUAAGUUACGUCCAUGCAGUAUCUGAGAAAGGUAAUGUUGGUGAACUCCUGUUGAGGGAAACCUCUAAAUGUGCAAGCUCUGCAACAUUUUCUGCUGCCCAAUUUUCGCAGGCUGCCACUGACCAAGGUGUGAGGCCAGCAGCCUCAACUUUACCAGUCAUCAAGCUUCAGCCAGGUCAGCCAACUAAUGCCUUCUGUUCAGUUGUUGAAGACGACGGAAGCUUUUAUGUUCAAAGUUUGGUUGAAGAAAACAGAAAUACUUUACUGACGAUAACACAAAUUGACUCCAUGUAUAAAUCUCGCCCUUUGAUGACUUUCACACCAGUCAGAGGUCAGCUGGUAUGUGCCAGCUAUGAAGGAUCUUGGUGUCGUGCUGUUGUCAAAGACAUCCAUCCAGAUGGUCAGGUCAGACUAUAUUUUGUGGACUACGGAAACACAAGUUGUUUGCCAGCAAAUUGUGUUCAAAGUCUGGAUGACAGUUUCAGCAGAAUCCCAGCACAGGCUGUUAAGUGUGUCUUAGAUGGCUACAACGAGGGAAACUGGUCGAGUGCUAAUAGUAUUAAAUUGAGCGAGAAGUUGGUGGAGAAGACAUGCACUGUAGCUGUAGUCCACACUCAAGGUGAUACAAACUAUGUGAAGGUCAUUUCUGAUACAGGGGAAGAUGUGAACUCGAUUGUCAUGUUGACAACAAGGGAUUCUAAUCCUGUAAUAACUCUCUCGUCCUUAGGCAUGGCAGCUCUUCAGUCAAAGGAGGCAGACUUAGUCCUGAUGACCAUUCUAUCUCCUGGAGAGUUUUACUGCGUGUCACCAAUUGCUGAAGAACUAACAGUGAAGGUCCACUCUGCCUGUGUGAACCAAACCCCUGACACAAACUAUGAGCCAAGCAUUAACCACGUCUGUGCAGCUGUGUACGCUCAAGAUAAUCGGUUUUACCGUGUUGCUGUAGUGGAUAAGGAGGCUGCCUCAGGCCAGUAUGAGGUGUUUUACCUGGAUUAUGGGGACAGCGCUCUGGUACAACAGAACCAGCUGAGAAGACUGCCCACGGAGCUCACCCAGCCACCGUGUGCCUUCCUCUGUUACAUUCCUGGUGUGAUAUGUGGAGCAGAUCAGCACUGGUCUGCACAGACAAUAGAAAUCAUCCAGAGCUGCUCCCAGCAGCCCGUCCACGUGGAAGUCCUGACGCAGAAAGAUGGCCGCCAUGAAGUGCGCCUCUUUCACAAAGGUGUGGAUGUGGGACAGAUGUUACAACAGUCCUGUCAGCCUACCCCUGUGCCUGCCAUCCCUGGAGCAGACCCUCCUACCCAGACAGCUGGUGCAGGUGAUGAUACUGGUGCAACUGAAGCUGAAGUAUUAAGAAAACAGAAUGAAGAUCUGAAGAAAAAGUUGGAGGCCUUAGAAGCAAUGAUGGCUUUGCAGAACUUACAGAAAUCCUAGCCUGAAGUAGGAUUGUUUCAGACUUGAGUUGACUAGCAGAGGUGAGGAAUUCUCCGUCACUGGUUCCUCCUAGAAAGGUCAGCUAACCUAUCAACAGGAUUGCAACGACUAAACAGUAUUUUGUGUGAUUUGCAAAUGCUAUGUUUGCAUAAAACUUUUUUUUUUCUAUUAUCAUGCCAUAAAUAUGAGGACAUUAUUCUGGCCACUCUAGUUACGACGUAGUUAUACUGUGACACAUGUUGACAAAUGAGUAACGUUGUAGUACAUGCUUGUUUACUCUUAAUUACCCAACAUAAUUUGCCAAUGAUACGACAUUAAUGGGUUGUUUUUUUUUUGUUAUUGUCUCUGAGAGUGUCUUGAGAGUAAGAAAAAAAAUGUAAAGAGAAGAACUUGAAAUCACAUCAUGUAAAUAACGCAAAUUUAACCUUCCAUAUUGGAAAGGAAGCAAGCCCUAAACAAGUUGAUUUAAGUGAAUUUAAGUGAACCUAACAGUAGCUUUUUCAUGACUUUAUGAUUCUUUACAUUAGAGAAUGUGAAAUGUGUGCCACUUGAAAUAUUUUUUGUGUGUAAUAUUUCACAUAUUAUGCCAUGAAGAGGACAGCAUAUCCGUGACACCUAGUCAAGCAUGAUAAGACUGGUCUGGUAAGUCACACAUGUGGAUUUGAUGGAUACAUCAACGAUGCCUGGAUUCAGAGGAAUGAGGUGGGGGUGGGGCAGGGGUGGGGGAUAUUGUUUUUUCAACAUAAGGUGUUAUUGACAUAAUUUCAUGCAUGGAAAAAGUUUGAAAUCGCUUGUGGCUUGAUUUCUAAGGAAUGUGAAAUGAGAAGUAGACUUAUGAAAGCAUUGUAGUCUUGCCACUCGACACUGAUGUGUUUUUCGUGAUACGCUGGUAUGACAUAGGAUGAAUCCUGGUGAGAACUCACAACCCGUAUGACAAACACUUGAAAUUGCAUAAACUGUUUGAAAUCAUUCCAGUUGACUCUCAGAAUAUUGUGAAGUUGAGAACAGUGUUGAUCUGCUAUUAGAUUUUAUUCAUUUGGCAGAAUGUUUGGUUGGUGCAUAUCUAAAUAAUAAACAUGGUGCUGUAGUACACCAUCUUUGGAUAUAUGAAGCCCAGAUUUGUGUUGUGCACAGCGCAUAGUACACCACCAAAUUAGUUCUUACCUGUUGUAAAGAGGAUUUGUAGAAGAAAAGUUUAUUUUAAACAUGCUUCAUACAAUGUUUUUAUCACUGCUGCGCGCAAGGUACAUGUAGCAUUAAGUUUUAAUGUCUUCAGUAUUUCAUCUCUGCGAGAGACUUCUUCUCACUGAAUCUUUAGUCAUGCAGGUGCAGGUUUUUUUUUUUGUUAAAUUUGAAGUUUUUGAAGUACUUGUUUUAGAUAAAUGUACUUUUCAUGUUGACAUAGAUGAUUGGGGCACAUGUGCUUAUGGCAUAAUAUGCACUGACCUAUUUUGGAGGUGAUUUUAUGGUCAUUUUGAACCUUUGACAACUGUCAGCACAUGUUGAGAUAAGAACCAUCCUCAAAUUUUGUCCAUGACUGAGUUGCCCAUUUUUUAGUUUAGGAAUGAUAGUUCUUUUGAUCUUAGAAAGGUGCGAGGUUUGUUUGGUUGCUGGGAUGAUUUCUUAAAAUAGAAGUUACAGCAUCAAAGGUGACACUUUCAUGUAUUUGUUUUGAGGCAAAAUUUUUGGUCGUUUACUAUAGUUGUGAUUUUUUUUAUACAAGAAUGCAUUACAUCAGACUAAAAUGCCAAUCUGCUGGAUUACACCAUUGCAGACUUCAAUAUUAGUCUGUUGCAUUCGGAAUAAUGAUCUUCAGAAAGGACAGCACUGAAUAUGUUGGUGUAAUUUAGCUUUUGUGAUCUGUUUGGUCAACUUACAAAGUACAAAGAAUGCGACAAAGAACACAAAGUGGCUGGUAAGGACUACUGAGCAUUUGGUCCCAAAACAAUACAAAGUCUAUGAUACAUGUACUUGUCUACUAUGCCUUGUAUACAACUGAAGUUGUCUUCUUUAUAUCCUAUAUAUUUUGUUUUUUACUUGUUGAUACUGAUGAGAUUGCCAGUGUUUGCUACAAUGUAUAAUGAUCAUAAAGUUUUUCUUUUGUUUAGCAAGUUGAAAUAAAUAUUUUAUGUUCAAAUGUAAU